AUGCCACUAAGAAAAAGACUUCCACCAAAGAAUGCUGCAACAAAAGGUAGAGAGAGGAAAUGUUUUUGGACUCAAGUUAUGGGUGAUGUUUUGGCUGAUGCAUACUUGUAUCAAUAUUGCCAAGGCAAUAGAGUUAGUGGCACAUUUAUAAGCAAUGCUCUUGAUGAAAUUGAAGUUGGGUUGAAGGAAAAGUUUCUAGGAAAAAGGAUUGAUAAGGAGAAAUUUAAGAACCGCAAGAAACUUAUUAAGAAUAAGCAAAAUUGCAAUGUUUUAGUCGAGGAUGGUAAUAUGGACUCUAUUGAUGACUUUGAUAAUAUGAUUUCUCAUAAUGAGAUCUCUUUGGAAAUUGAUUGUGCCAUGAAAAAUGAUGAUGAUGAUCAACAUAAGGGAAAGAACAAAGUCGGCCUUAAUGAGAAUGAACUUGAGUUCAUUAGAGACAAUUUUGAUAUAGUUGUUGAAGCUAUUCUAAAAUCAACAUCCGAGUUAAUAAAGGUGGUGUAA